GGCGAAGAGACAUUAGAAUACAGUCUGUACUACAGUGUACAGAGAGAGAGAGAGAUAGAGAGAGAGAGAGAGUCUCUGAACUCUGCAGUGCGGUGUGGGAGGGAGCAGAAGGAGAUGGACGCAACUGAAGCCGCUUCACCCACAUCCCAUUCUCCUUCCAAUUUCAGUCAACAACGCCACUUCUAUCUCGCCGUCGACAGACUCCAGUUCAAAAUGGAGACAUUGGUUGAUCUAUUGGGUAUGGCUGGCCGCCGACCCUGCCUGCCGAUAGUGGUGUGCUGCAGCACGCGCGACGAGCUCGAUGCCGUCUGCUCCGCCGUAUCCAACCUCUCUUACAUUUCUAUUGCCUCUUUGUGUAAUAUUAGAAGAUUUCAUGUAGUAUGGUUGUUAACGUGGCAUGCAUCUUUUUCGCCCGUCUCCCAGUACAGUGACCUUGCUGACGCAGAACGUGCAGUGACUUUAGAUAAAUUUCGCCAAGCAACAGUGAAGUGGAACCAAAAUGCCACUGUUAAAUCUGGAGAUGGCAGGGAAACUGUAGAGGAAGAGCAAAAGUCCAAUAUGAUAGUUGUAACUGAUGCUUGCCUUCCACUUGUUGCUUCAGGGGAGUCACCUAUUAGUGCUCGAGUUCUGAUAAAUUACGAGUUACCAGCAAAGAAGGAAACAUAUACAAGGCGGAUGGCAACAUGUUUGGCAGCAGAUGGUAUUGUGAUCAACAUGGUUGUUGGGGGCGAAGUAGUGACUCUCAAACACGUCGAAGAAACCAGCAGUCUUGUCAUAGCAGAAAUGCCAAUAAAUAUUUUCGAGAUGUUGUGAAGAUAUUAGAAUUUUUGGAAUGUCAAACGACGUGUCAGAGAACUUGAUAACCUAGGCUUCUGUCCAGUGGCAGGUAUUGUGUGGGAUAAAACAUGUUCAAAGUGUCACUAUGAACUUAUACUCCUUUUCUAUUAAGAAAUAUUUUGCUUUUUACGGAUACAUCAUUAGUUAUUGCAUCAUCAUGUAACCUCUGUCUUGAAAACUCUCUGUAUUGUUGGGUAGAAGACGAAUGGGGAAAAAGGGCAACUUCAGAUCUUACAGUUGCCUGAAAUUAAUUCUGCUCAAAUCCUAUGUACAUGUCUCUAGAAGAUCUAAUAAUUUGGCAACAAAAAGAGAGAGAUUAUUUACGACUUUAUCUGUAAAUUAUUUGAAAAACAAUUGAAGACAUGGAAAUUGUUUCACAUGGUUCUGCCAAAGGCCAAAGAGAGA